AUGGGGUGAGUUUUCCUUGUCGAAUGUCGUAUACUGUCUCAUCAUAACUGCCUAAUGAUAAAAAUGAGUUAGAAGCUAUUGAACAUUUGCAGCGACGACUUGCUCUCCAUUCCUAUCCCUGGAGCAGCUCCGGAACCGACGGCCACCCAAAUAGAAGCAUGGAAGAAAGCAAAAGAAGAAUUGAACAAGGUUUUUUUUUUAGAAAAAACAUCAGGGUUACCAUUACUAAGGAGAGAAAAGUUGAAAAUUGCAUUGUGGAGUCUCGCUUGAAUUGAUAUUAAUACCAGAUGUUAAUGAGCUAUUCGAAAAUGGAUCUCGUAUUUCAAGUGUUUAUAUAGCCCGUUCACGGCUAGCUUGGGACAGCGAACGGGCGGUUUAACUUGCGCGGCGAAGGUAGAUCAUGGCGACCAUACAUGCGCCUUUAAUAAGAGCCUCAUUUGGUGAUUUAUUUAUGUUUCUAUUUAAUUUAGUUUUAGUUUACAUUCAUCUCAUUGGUUUUCAGAUUUUCUUAAAAUCGACAAAAUAAAAAUAAAUAAUUUAUGAAAUGGGGCUUUAAUGGAAGGCGCAUGGGUAGUCGCCCAUAUCUACCUUCGCCGCGAAAAUUAAACCUCAAGUCAGCCGUGAACGGGCUAUAUUUUGAUAUUGGAAUGGUUCUUGAUAAUUGGCCUUUUGGACAAGAGUAAGCUCGAAGUUAUAACUUCAGAAGCUACGCGUUUGCUUAAUAUUUUCAAGGGCUUGUAAAACAUUUGAUAUAUUCACUUUGGUUCUAGGUUUUUAGAAUAUCAAUAUACAAUGAAUUUUUUUGACCUGAAAAAAAAUUCGAUAAUUGUUGGCCAACGUCUCAACGAGUUUUCGAAAACAAACAUGACAAAUGAAAUAGUAGCGUGAUGCCUUAUAAAAUCAACGUGGCGCGGGCGAAGUUAAACCUUUACCAUUUAUUUUUUUUUUCUCUACGCGUUAGAGUUGUGCGCUUUUUUCAAACCUCUUUUGCUUCCAAGGGAACGCGAAUCGGAGAAGAUUUUUUUCUAUUUUACUAUCUUAUCAUGUUGGAUGAAUUUAUUCUGGGAUGUUAAUGUCAACUUAUUGCAGAUGGCUCAAUCGAAAGCAACGCCAGAAAUAGCAACACAAGAUCACGCGAGCAUGUACAACAUGUUCCCGUGGCUGAACCCUUCUUUCAAAGCACCUCCGACGCCUUCUGGAAGCAGCUUCGGUUCGUACUCAAGCCAACCGUUCAACGCUGCCGGUGCUACCGCGACUCCUCAUCGGCCCGCGUGGAAUAACACCGCUUCCACCGGAGCCGCAAUUGGACAUAAUUAUAAUACGAUGGCCGGAGGAUAUCAAUCGCAGCAGUAUCAGAAAAAGUCUUGGCAAGGCUCCAACAAUGGCUGGCAAGGCUCCAACAAUGGCUGGCAAGGCUCCAACAAUGGCUGGCAGAGCGCCGGUCGUGGACAGAAACCCUGGGUGAACAAGCCGUUCGUACCUUUCCACCUCGCCGGAAACAAGGCCUCUAUCCCUUCUCUCAACAACACGUUCGUCCCGCAGCAGCAGAUGAACAAUAUGGGUGUCCAGAACAACUUUUCGAGAGGACCUAUGCGAGGAAGGCCGCCGACUCCUGAAGGCGUCAAGUUAGUCGCUUUUUUGUUCCUGACCUCGCUCAAAAUUUAUGAACUCCAUACAUUUUCUAAUUACCGCUGCUUUCGUUUUUUUUAAAACUUUUUUUCGAAUUCUAGAAAGGAAACUUUUUUCUGAGAGUAUUCGCUUUUCACAGCUGUGGUUAGGUAGAAACUCUUUCAGUGAUUCAAGUUUUCUGGUAUAUCAAUUUAGAGGCGGGAUGACACAUUUUCGGAGAUAUCAUAUAAUUCUUAAAUUACGGUUUUCUAAUGAUUCAUUAUAUUCCAUUUUUUUAUGCAAAGCUGAAACAGUUUGGAAAAUUUCUUUUUGGUCUCUGCCUAUUCAAAACAGCUUCUUGCAACGAAAAAUAACUUGAAUGAUUAACCGAAAAUUUUAUGUAUCCUUUGAUUAAUUAUCUUUUUGAAUUUCGUUUUAUUAGGAGAAUAGUUUUGUUCAUCGUUAUCGCGAUGCAUCUAGCUAAGUAUUGUGCAGAAAUAGAGAAAAAAAAAAGUUGUGUCCAAAUUUCGCUAUUUUUUCAGAACUGGGGUUAAAAGGAGCUGACGAAAAUUGAAUGAGACUCAUAUAAAUAAAUAGGCGGUACAUUGACGAACUCGCAAAAAUCUCGCUCAGUCCUGGCGCCGGUCUCGCAUUUUUUAAAAGCGAGCUUGCAUUUCUCCUGCAAUUUGAAAAGGUUCGAAAUGCGAGGUCGCGCCGAGAGAAAUGCGACAUGUUUGCUAGUUUGUCCAUGUACCGCCAGCGUUUCGCGUUUGUCUCGGCAGUUAUUCUUACUAGGGAACUACUCGGACUCGGGUACGUGAAUCGAGUUCAAACUUCAGUGGUUUAUAGACCCAAGUCAGAAUACUUGAACACGAGAGAGAAUAUCUGCUAAACCCAAUAGAGAACUGAGAAAAAAUUAAUAGAAAAUGUGAAAACUAGGCCUGAAAAUUUCUAGAAUACUGCUUUUUUUCUUAUUUAAUGUUUUAAUACGAUCGUUUUGAAUGACCCGGCUAUGAUAAACUCUAAAAAACUUUUUUCCACCCAAAAGAAGAAAGAAAGCAAAAAUUUGAUAAUUUUCAAGCCUAAACUGUUCAUUUUCAAAAAGCUUUUUCGCAGAAGCCUAUGGAGUUUAGCAGAUAAUCUCUCUUUUUUCCAAGUACUCUUACCCGGGUCUAUAAGCCACCAAAGUUUCAACUCGAAAACGCGUACGAGUCCGAGUAGUUCCCUAGUAAGUGAAGUUAAUCAAAAUAUAUAUAUAUAUAUAUAUAUAUAAACAAUGGCCUUCUCGAGUGGAUAUUGUAUAUAUAUAUACAAUGAAUAUAUAUAUAUAUAUAUGCUGAAAAGAGUAAUUAAUUUUUGAACAGGCACUAUAAAAAACUUCGAACACCAUGCCCUUAAUUUCUCAAUUUUUUUUUGCGCAUUAUUGAGAUUCGUGCAUGCACCUCAUCUUUCUGAAUUUAGGGCUUUUUUAAAUUGGCAUUCUGAUGGUUUUUCGUAUUUUCUCAUCAGCUUCUUUCAGGCGCUACACGGAGCGGGCUUUCGAAGCGGCAAAUUCCGCAGAAGACAGGCAAAAAGUGCAAGAAUACCUGAAGAAACGUUUGCAGCCGUUGCUCGACGCCGGCACGGCUGCAACGGUCAAUUGGGAGCGCGAACCUUUGCCUCACGAGCGGAAUUAUGAGCUGCCGACCAUGUGGACGCCGGCUAAUCAGUUGCCUCGAGGGGCUCCGGCCAAUAACGGGAGCUCCAGAAAGUGGGACCGGGGCUCCGCCAAGGAGCGGCGGAGAAGUGACGGUUCGGCCAGCGGAGGCGUAGUCUCGCCGUCGCCAGAGCGCAAGCGUUCUCGUCGUGAUAAUGCGCGUCGUAGUAGCACUGACAGCGACGUUGAAAUCUUAGAAUCCAAGGUCUAGCGGUAGAGCAGAUUGGGAGAACUCUCAGAAGUGAAAGUUCAUUUCGAUUUUAUUUAUUUUCUCAGGUUAAAAGCAAAAAGAAGAGCAAGCAAGAAAAACGAGCAGAGAAGGCGGCUCGACAGUCGGCCAACGCGAGCAAAAAAAAGACGCCGUUCCGUGAACAUUGGAAGGUCGAAGAAGAAAGCGAUGCAAAAAGGGUACGCUCAGUCAUUCUGCAUUUGAUCUGGAAAAAAAUAAAUAGUCCGGCUGGAAAAAGGCUGGAAAUCUUCAAAUAUUGAAAGUUAUCUGAUUUUUCUCUUUUUGAAAAAAUUUUGAUUUCUUCUGAUCACCUAACAGUAAAUUUUUUUUUGUCACAAUGGGCCUUUCACUAGUCUAAAAUGAAAAAUAAAACCGAUUUGGCGGGUAUUGACUAUAAAAAUCAGGUCAGCUUCCCAAACUGUACAAAGCGGUUGAUGAAAAUAGUUUGAAGUUUUCACUAAAGUGACUUUUCUUGUCAAUGGUAUUUAAUUUUCUUAAUAAUAUUUGUCAAGGAGGAGCGUGCACGUCGUUUUGCCGAUACGAUCUCGCAAGUUUCCGGUCCAAGGAUGGUUACUCCGAUUGUGAAAGGGAAAAUCAUCCGCGGGACCUGCACAGACAUUGAGAAAGCCUACUUCCGUUUGACAGCGGUUGCUUUUGUCAGAAGUUAUUCUGUUACAAGGGAAAGAAUUUUCAAGGCUCCUGACCCUAGUCAAGUACGCCCCCUGGAAGUUCUCGAGUUGUCUCUGGAUAACGUCAAGGAGAAGUACAAGGCAAAGUCGGAAUACCGCUACUUAUCGAGUCAGUUGAGAUCCAUCAGGUGAGAUAGUGCAGACUAUAAUCGGCUUUUCUAAUUGAAUGCUAUGCUCAGGCAAGAUCUAACAGUGCAGAGAAUACGCAGUAUGUUUGCUGUGACUGUUUACGAGAUCAAUGCGAGGGUGUCGCUGGAGAACAAGGACCGUGAAGAAUUCAAUCAGGUUCCAUAUAAAAUGUACAAUUUAGAUGAACCUCUGAUUUAGUGCCAGUCCCAGCUGAAGUUGCUCUACAGUGAAAUUGAAAACUGUCCCAAUCAAGCAGAGUUCGUUUCCUACCGCUUGCUGUACUACAUUGCUAUGGAGAACUCAAUCGAUAUCAAUUCUUUGCUAGCAGGCGGGUCUCACAUUUAAUCUCAGCCAAAGUCAACUUCAGAACUGACCCCAAAGCUGCAAAGAAACGAUUGUGUUCAAUUUGCUUUGAAGGUCCGGUCUGCUGUGGCUUCGUCAAAUUACAUCCGUCUUUUCAAACUUUUUGAUGUAAUUAUCAUGCAUUUCUUUCUUUUUAGAGAAUUAUUUUAAGGAAGCUCCCAAGAUGUGCCCUUUCUUGAUGGAUUUGUUCGUGGAAAGAGAACGAAGGAAAGCAUUGAACAUAAUUUGUAAAGCGUGAGUUAUCAAAAAAAAAGAUUAAGUAAAAAAAAAAUGAUAGAUAUCGGCCAUCGAUUACCUACGUCAAGCUAAGCAAGAUGUUAGGGAUGGAAGAAGAGGAGUUGAGGGAAUGGUUUUCAACAGAUCUCAACGUUCAAGACGCUGCUGCCAUCGACACUUUGGAUUGCCGUAUAAUUCGAAAUUUUUGAAUUUUCUGAAUUCUUUAAAUCUUCCGGGUAGAAAUUAAUGUGUAUUUUUGUUAUUUUUGUUCAUGAAAAUUUUAAUAUUCUGUCAGAAAAUGGAAAAAAGAGUCAUAUAUGGAAUAUUUCUGCAGGUGGGGGAAGAGGUGGCCCUUGAUUGAAGUUUGAAGUAUCUAGAAAGAUCAUAGGUGAAUCGAGAAAGGGUAUAUCGAUACCCUAUAAGGUAUAUCGCAGGGUCUGAAGUCUCACGAUGGUACAAAGAGAAUAUCUCUGAGGAUUUUGAGCAAAAUGAAAUAUACUUGUGAGAUUUCUCUCAAGUACCUCCGAGAUGGCUCAGAUAUAGCUAAAAGGUAAUCUUCACGAUCCAUUUUGAGAGAUAUCAAUUUAUAAUAGGGCGACUUCACGGAAUUUUUUUUUGCGACUGCUUUUUUGAAAGUGAAUAGAUGAUAGUGAGACUUACUUCUAGUUUUAAAAAAAGAUUUCUGAAACCUUCGACUCUGCUCGGUCCAAAAAAAAGCUGCACAGGCGAAUCGAGAGGGUACCAUAAUGUGUCCACAAAGAUACCUCUCAAAAUGAAUCGUGAAGAUCCCAUAAUAUGUCCAUCGCGAGACCUCCAGCAUACCUUAUAUAUCUGAGCCAUCUCGGAGGUCCAUCUCAUUUUGCUUAGAUAGGGACCGCAAGGCCACCCCCUCGCUGACCAAAAAACGUCGUAUAUUUUGUUGCAUUUUUGACAUUUCAUUGUUGUUUAUGCAGUUUCCCUGAACCGUUUCGGGAAAAAAUUGAGGGAAACAUACAAUCGGCUAUGCUCUACAAUUCUACAUAGGAGAAAUAGCUGUAAAUAAAAAAAGAAUCGGUUAAAAUGACGUUUUUUCCUGACGCCUUUGUGUGAAAAAGUGGAAAAACGUUGAAUACUUACAAUCCCGCUCGUAGGCAAGUUAUUUUUUUUUCUUAUUUUGUUAAGCAUGUAAAAAAAUACACCAUAUAAGUGAAAAUAAAAAGAUUCCUGCUUGUGCUUUCAAAUAUCGAAGCGUCGGAAAAACCGCAACUUUCGAAAUUCGGGAACUUUGGCAUUUUUCCGCGAAACAUCGUAAAAAAAAUUUUUUUGAACUGUUCUCUAUAAGUUUUUAGAACAUUUUGAAAAUAAAAAAACAAAAACUUUUAUUGCAACCUUAAUUUUUAAAAAAAUAAGUUUUGAUUUUUUUGAUUUUUUUGAAACACUUGGGAAAGUGUUUUAUCAGUCGAAGGCAAAUUAUUUUUUCUUAUUUUUGAUUUGAUUUGCUUUUUUUCUUCAACAUAGUCAAAAAAAUGAAAAAAAUCCUGCUUGUGCUUUCAAAAAUUUGAUUCAUUCGAACAAUAAAAAAACAGCAUCCUGCAUUUGCGCGUUGGCGAAAUUGUGCAUUCACCGACCCACGAAAAUUCCGAAUUUGCGAUGUUUUCAAAGCAAAAAGAGUGUAAAACUUUUUUGAAAUGAGUCAAAACGUUCAGUAAUGUAAUUAGGAAAACAAAAUAGAACUUCACAUGCUUUUCCGGAACAAAAAAAUUAUUUUAGUCUCGCCAAACUACCACUAUCCGGAUUCCACUGGAAAACACGUUCAAAGUCGGGAAAUUCACCUGAAUAGUACUUAAAUGUGGAUUUUAAUGAGUUCAGCGUAUUUAAAAGUACUGUAGUGCUACAAGAAUGAUUAUAAAAGUCAUUAAUAAUUAAUUUAUUUGUGUUUCUAUGGAUUCACAACCUUUUAUCGGUUCCGAAUUCUGUAUCGAAUCUUGUUUCAGGGAGAAUUUGCGUUUAUCCGUGCUUCCUAAUUAUAUUCUAACAGUUUUGAACAUCAAAAGCAUUGAAAACUCCGUAAAUAUUAAUUUUGCUUUUUUCGCCGCUGAAAAUCGUUCAAAUUAUUCGUUUUCAGUGUUCAUUUAUGCUGGUCCUCAUCUUCGGACAUUGUUCUAUCAUUUCCAAUAAUGAAAAACCAUCAUUACUGUGUUUUAGUGCGAAAAAAAUUAACAAGAAACUUUUUCUGUAAUUUUUUUACUGCUCUGAGAGCGCGCCGCACCCUUGCAACGCGUACUUUUUUCCAGAGCUGUUCUCGGGGCGACCGCGGUCGACCGAGGGCCCCCCGACUUGCGGCGUAUUCGAGGGCGGCCGCGGUCGGCCUUUGGUAGGGGUCAACUCGGUCGACCCGUAG